AUGUCUGGAGGUUUGUUGGGAGGGUUGUCAGGAGAAGUUUCAACAGUUCCAGUAUCAACAACUGAAGCAGUUUACACUUGCCAGCCAGUUCCAGCAGGUGCUUGUAAUGGCGUAUUACCUUACGCCUUCACUUCCUUUCCUAACGAGUUUGGCCAUGAAUCAGCCCCGUCUGCAUCUGGGGCUCUGCUGGAGCUCCUUGACAGCAGUUCGCAGUGCCCCCUGGUGGACAAGGAGCUGCUAAUCUGUCCGAUUUUGUUUCCCAAGUGUGAAGCCUCCAAGCAGAUUCCAGCUUGUCGAGCUCUGUGUGAAGCAUUACCCAUGACUUGUAUUCAGUUUCUUGGUCUUGACUGUCGUGCCUUCCCCAAUGAUGACGACCCUAAAGUGUGUGUGACAGCAGGAGUUGUGGACACAUGGAUAAACGCCACUGACACACAAUCCUGUUCUGGAUUUCACUGUAAUAAUGGCAGAUGUCUGCUGGAAAAUAGCAACGUUUGUGAUGGGAGCAAUGAUUGUGGUGAUAGCACUGAUGAAAUCUUCUGUGGUGAAGAGUCUGCAGCAGAUUGUAGUUUUGAGGACGGGACUUUGUGUAAUUAUGUUCAGGAUAGCAACGACGACCUUGAUUGGCUGAUUCACAGGAUGGCCACGCCCUCUCUUUUCACGGGUCCCCGCCUUGAUAACACGUACAGGAACCAAUCAGGUCAUUACCUGUAUUUAGAGGCCACAGGUGUGUUACCUGGUAAUAAAGCGCGCCUCACCCUCCCAGAGAGGAGCUGGCAGGAGCACUGUCUGCGUGUGGCUUAUCACAUGAGGGGGCAGGGCAUGGGCUCUCUUAAGUCAGACAUUUUAAUUUGA